AUGUCUUUCCUGAGUCAGAUCUUCGGUGCUGUAGUCAGGUUACUAUGCGGCGGCCAGCAGCAGCAGCCUGAGGAGCAGCCUACUGUGCAACAGCCUGUUCCUAAACCACCCAGUCCACACCGUCCUCAGCAAGGACGACCCCCGGUACAUGAGAAGCCCCCGUCGCCUCCCCGUCCGCACGGGCAUGUGAAUCAGAACCAAAUCAACCAGCAGAAUGACCAUUAUGUGAGAUUGCGAGAGCGUGCUCGGGAAGAGGGCGCCCAGAUGGCGAAGUGUUUCCAAGAGAGCAAAGCGGCUUACGCUCGAGGCGAUGGGGCACUUGCUAAGGAAUUAUCUGUGAAAGGACACCGUCAUGAGGAAGAAAUGGAACGUCUAAAUGCUGAAGCAAGCAAAUGGAUCUUUGUCGAGAACAAUAAGGACAGUCAACUGGGUGAACUGGACUUGCAUGGAUUGUACGUGAAGGAGGCCAUCUCGUACACAGAUCAAGCCAUACAAGAGGCCCGGCAACGAGGUGAUUCCGAAAUAAGGCUCAUCGUCGGGAAGGGACUGCACUCGCCGCAUGGCCUUGCCAAAUUAGAGCCAGCCAUAAAGGAUCUAAUGCAGAAACAUGGAUUGGUCGCAGAAUUAGACCCACAGAAUUCCGGUGUGCUUAUAGUCGACCUUGACGGGCAAAAGAAAGGCAGGGGACCUGUCCUUGGCCCAGACGAAAUUAUGAGCUUCCAUCAAGUCUUCAACUUCAACGACACGCUGGCUGUCAAGCAAGAGAAGUAUCGCCUGGUCACCAACAUCACGCAGCACAUGAGAGACAUAUCUCCAGUUUCUGGUGCUUACUUCAACGAAGGCGAUGUCUAUGAACCAAAUCACACGACGUCUUACUGGGGUCCCAAUUAUCCUCGGCUCCUGGAGAUCAAGGACAAAUGGUAA